GGCAGCCGCCGUGAGGCGCUGUAUUCGCGACUGCAUUCAAACAUAACACAUUGUUUAUUUACAAUAAAAUCAUUUUAAUCACAGUGAACAGGACAAAACAACGCCACGCACUCACGAACCAUACCGCAUGGCUGACGAGGCGGCGGCGGACUGCUUGUUCGAGCGGCUCCGCUUGCACCAACAACGCGCGCCGGACUCCACGGAGGUGGCGAGGGCUCUCACGGCCAGGAUCAACUCCAGGCUCACCUCCCAUGACAAACAUAUCAGGCAAAGUACUCUUGAAAAACUUUGGAACAAACAGACAGGGGCUAUUCAAAUGCUACUCUCCAUUCUGGAGAAUUCAAGAGACACCGCAACUUCCACCUAUAUUACAUCUAUUCUAAGAGAAGCAUUAUGUUUAAAACAAGGCAAAGGGAAAAAAUGCUCAGUCAUCAAUGAGACAUCAGGUCAAAAGAAGAGAGAAAUUAAAAAGACAGGAAAGGAAAAUAAACCACCACUUAAUAAGAAGGCGAACAACAUCGCGAGGCACCAAUGUGCUCAGCAUUUCAUUUCGUUAAAUGGGACUCAGGUGAUGAUUCGUACGAUCCUUGCCACGCAUGGGAAGCGAGACGGGAACGUGGGCACAGAGCUGAUGCUGCAGGACCUUGUCUGGAUAAUCGCAGCGUUGUCGCCGAAAGAUGGAAAAUUUGCGAUGAAAGUACGAAUGUUGGGUUGCGUAAGAACGAUGCACCUGAUAUUAAAGGGUCACUUCACAGAUAACAAGCUUAUUUUCCCGCUCUUGGUUAUUAUGAAGCAACUUGCCAAAAAUCCUGUAACAACAUCUAUUUUAAUUCGUGACGGCGUCAUCGCGACGUACGAGCGGGUGUUAGUGAGCCUCGGGUUUAUACCCACCGCCAGACUGCGCCUGUGUCUAGACGCUAUCGAUUACUUCAGUAAAAACAAGGUAUGCUGCAUGCAGAUCGUGAAGACAGGGCUCUGUAGCGUGCUGCUGCGGGUGUUCGACCGCUGGGACCGAUAUGAGGGACGCAUGCGACUCAAGAUCUGUGCACACAUAUUGCAGACACUACAGCACUUGUGUAACAUAAAAGCCGGCCGCAGAGCUUUAUGUACCAAGAAACACGUACAGACUCUGCACAGGUUCUGCUCUCAGUGUCCAGACGAGCCAGAGUUUGACGGCUUAUUGGCUCGAGUGUGUUCCGUCAUCACACUGUGUUUGAAACACCAAGCACUGCCAGUACCAGUAACUAGCCCUGCAUCAUUUAACCUCAAUCCAAUUCUAAAAGGUACAAACACUUCUUGGCCCUGUCACGAUGACGAAGAAGAAGCUGCUAACUCAGAUUCGAAGACAAUCAAUUCUGAUUUAGAUGAGGAUGGUCCUGAUACAGAUGUUGAAGGAAUUGAUGAGUUUCCUGAUAUAGAGUUUGAUGAAACCGAAAUGAAACCCGAAGGAAGUGAAGAAACUUCCAAGGGACAAAUAAAAAGUGGAGACAGUUUACAAAGUGCCCUAUGGAUUAACCCAAAUGAGAGAGAUUUAGAAGACUUAAAAAAAUACUUUAUAUUUUUUAAAGAAUUUGGUUCCUAUAAUAAGCAAGUUAAAUUAGUCAAAAGUCGGUCUAAUUCACGUGGAUCGAUACUUGAGGAUUUCCUAGUCUCACAAAGUUCCAAUAGAAACGUUAUGUCUUCUCUUAAUUUAUCACUUACUACAAAUUUAGGAAACAUUGAAUAUGAAAAUUUUACUGGGCCUUCACAGUCGCCUUCUUUCCUACAAGGAUAUCAUAGAAUCCAUGAAAGUGCUUCAACGACAUCGUGUUCGUCUCUAAAAAUCCACAAAGAUAUUUCCAAGUUUUCUUCAUUCCCGUCAGUAUAUUGUACUAUAUCGUCUAGAGUAAAAAGUGUCAUUCCAUUCGUGAAAGUUGCGUAUCCUGAUAUGAUGGGAGGGCAAGGAACUAGCCAACCAGAACCUUUAAAUAAAAUGGAGAGAACUGCUUGCAGGAAUAAAUUGUUAUCAUGUGUAGACAGAGCAAUAAAUCCAGAAGCGUAUAUGAAUGAGGUUGUGUAUGAUUUAGAUUCAUUAAGCUCGACACCCAGUACUACUAACGCUGACUCUACAUCACAAAAAAGCUCCGAAAGCCUAUUCUUAACAAAUUUGGAUGAGCAAGAAAUUACUAAAGUUAACAGUUUCUCAUCACGGCUGAGCUUUGAAUCCAGAUUUGAGUCGGGAAAUCUACGUAAAGUUAUUCAGACAGGUCCAAGAGAGUACGAGCUGAUACUGAUGCCCGAUGUAAAUUCGACAAAACGUCACCAAUGGUUUUACUUCGAAGUGCGGAAUAUGCAACAAGGGCGUCCGUACAUAUUCAAUAUUGUGAAUUGUGAGAAAUCUGAUAGCCAGUUCAAUUUCGGCAUGAAGCCUGUUAUGUAUUCUGUGAAGGAAGCGGUUCUAGGAAGGCCCGGUUGGGUACGCGCUGGUUCUGACAUCUGCUACUACCGCAACAGCUACCACUACGCGAACCAGAAGAGCCACAACAAAUGCUACCUCACCGUCACCUUCAAUAUUGAGUUUCCGCACACUAAUGAUGUCUGCUAUCUUGCGUAUCAUUUUCCCUUUACCUAUUCGAUGAUGUUGACGCGCAUCUGGCACUGGAGUACCCAAAUGCCGGUCGGUUCGUACCUGCGCGUGGAACCACUGUGCUACUCGCUGAACAACAAUGAAGUACCGCUUCUGACAAUAUCUGCUGAAGAUUCACCAUCCAAUCCGAUAGUGGACCGCGAGAUAAUAUUCCUGACCGCGCGCGUGCACCCGGGCGAGAGCAACGCGUCGUGGGUGAUGGACGGCACGCUGGGCUGCCUGCUCGCGGACGCGCCGCCCGCCGCCGCGCUACGGGCCAAGUACGUGUUCAAGGUCGUGCCCAUGCUCAACGUGGAGGGGGUCGUUAACGGCUGCCAUCGGUGCGGCCUAACUAAUGAAGAUUUAAAUCGACGCUGGUGCAAACCCAGCCCUGUUUUGCAUCCUUCUAUCUACCACACAAAGGGCCUAAUUGAAUACUUGGUUCGAGUUUGGAAGAAGCCACCUCUCGUAUACUGCGACUACCACGGGCAUUCGCGAAAGAAGAAUGUAUUUUUUUACGGAUGCGCCGGCGCAGAGAGUUGGUGCAGCAACGACCGGCUUGUACAAGAUGAACCUGUUAAAUACCUUAUGUUGCCCGCGUUGAUGCACCGCAUAUCGCCCGCGUUCGCGCUGGGCUCGUGCUCGUUCCGCGUGGAGCGCGAGCGCGAGAGCACGGCGCGCGUCACCGUGUGGCGCCACCUCGGCGUCACCCGCUCAUACACCAUGGAGGCCUCCUUCUGCGGCUUCGACCGAGGACCAUUUAAGGGAUUCCAUCUGAACACGCAGCAUCUGCAGAACGUGGGCAGCGACUUCUGCGAGGCGCUCAACGGCCUCAACGAUAGCGCGACCAACGUCGACAUACAGCUCACUAAGGAUAUCAACGGAGAAAUAGCAGUGGACAGCGAGCCCGGCUCCGGAUCUGACAGCGUGCUAAAGACAGACUCUGAUGAAGACUUCGACUAGAAACCCCAUACAAUAGAUACAUGAAAUUAGAUUAAGCGCGAUACCAUUAUAGUAAACCUCAACAAAAUUCAUUCAUAUAAAUUCAUAGAAUUAAAUUCCCAUGUUCUGUAAUGAUAUCUAGAAAUGUUGUUUUAGUGAAAAAUCUGGAGGAAAAGUUACGAAUUGUUUUUAGCCGCAUUGCAUUGUAUUCGAGAGUCAACACACAGAUAAUGUAAUUGUCAAUUAGUAAUUAUUAGUAUUAUAACAUAUGCAAUUUAUUCACCGCAAUGUGUAUUCAAAGUUAUAUCUAGUUCAUAAUCAGGUUUCAAGGAGCGCGUGGCGUUUGUAUAUUAUAUAUUUUUUAGUAUUUUUACUUUGUUAAAUACUUACUUAAGUUGCGUUUUACAUAAAUUGUUUUGUGAUUGCAUAGGAUCGAACUGCAAUACUAUUGAUUUGGUGUGAUAUUUAUAAAUUAUUUAACUAAGUGGCUUGUGAUCUCAGUAACUAAUAAAUUAUAAAAUAUU